CUUUCUGUUCCUGUACCCGUGUAUUACCGACUUUACAAAAAUACGUACAGGCUACGGAGAACUAUAACGGAGAUAUGUGAUCGAAUCUCUGAGUUUAUUAUUUAUGUGGGGACACUUAACCGGCCCCACGGAAGUUUAUAAAGAGGUACAAAUAGCUAAAAGGUUGUUGACAUCCAUCAACCAUGGAUGAUAAGCAUGCUAGGAUACUUCGAAGGCAGAGGAUGGCGCUGUCGAAAGCUAUUACUGAUGUGGAGACUGUAGUGGAAUCUCUAUUUUCAGAAGGUACCAUCACAGGGAAUAUGAAAGAUAAUAUCCUGAGCAAACCAACUAAACAGAAAAGAGUUUUCGAAUUGCUGGAUAUUUUACCACGGAGAGAAGAAGAAGCUUUUGAUGAGUUUUAUAAAAUUCUUGUUGGGCAUGAUGAGGGAAACGCAGCCGACUUGCUCAAACCUGAAUUAAAAGACCAAAGGAUCAGCCGAAAAAAAAGUGAACGCCAGAAGCCUGUUCAAGAAUCAGCAUCAAAUGUCCAAGAAUUGGUCAACAGAUUCGAACAAGCGAACAUAUGCACUGACGACGAUGAUUUACCUGCCGAAUGGCCAAUAAAAGAAAGAAUGAACCCCAAUUACCCAGAAUUUAUUAGAGUACAGCACUGCAAUAUAAAUAGUGAAAUUUACAACAAAUUCGAAAAGUCACGAGAGGGAAAUAGCAAACAGAUAUACCAAAUGUCGGCACCAAUACGGGGUUAUGUUCUGGUCAUCAACAAUAAAACGUUUGAUAACGGAGUAGAGACUCGAGAGGGUACGACGGUCGAUGCUGAAGCUAUAAAAAUAUUAUUUGAGCAGUUACAUUUCCAUGUUGAUAUCAAAUCUGACCAGACAGUUGAGCAAAUGAAAAACACCUUAAAAGAGUAUAGUGAAAUGGAUCACAGUAGCUUCGACUGUUUUAUUUGUUUUAUUCUGUCGCAUGGUGACGAGGAUGUUGUUAUAGGAUCCGAUGAAAAAACAAUGAAAUGGGAAAAAAUCUAUGAAUAUUUUAAUGGUAAAAAGUGUAAAAGCCUUGCCGAGAAACCAAAGAUUUUUUUACUUCAAGCCUGUCAAGGAAAAUUAACUGAUACCAUACAUAGCUUAUCUAAGUCUACGCGUUCACCUGAUCAGAAAGAAAGGACUGACGCAUGUGGUGGACACCCCAACAGAGCUGAUUUUUUUACUAGUUUAUGCACUGUAAAAGGACAAGUGUCGUAUCGUUACGACUUGUACGGCACAAGGUUUAUAUUCACCUGGAUAUACGUCAUAGAGACAUUCGCACAUAAAUGUCAUCUCAUGGACCUCUCUAGAAAGGUAGCAAACCUCCUACACAGAUGGGACACCGGAUUAGGCACAUUACAAACCCCGGAAAUGCGAUCAACGUCGGGAAAAGAAUUAUAUUUCUUUCCCGGUCUUCGGUUGAAUCCAGGCGCCAUUCAACAGUUCAACAAUAAUCCUGUUCAACCACCUUCCAGUAAUAACCUUGCUCAACUGUGUUCCAAUCAACAAUCUUCCAAACAAAACAUCGAAGAAGUCGUGCAACAACCCUGUGACCGUGACCUAAAGGGGGAAUUUGUCCCGAGCAACGGUUUGGCUCAAGCAAUACCUCCUCAAGCAAUACCUCAAGAUAACAAUUGCAAUCAGAUUCAAGAUGAGGUUGACGACGACCAUGAGGCCACAGCUGAUCGUAAAUCAAUCAGUAUUAAAACCCAAUAGUCAGUGCAAGAUAAUAUUGGUUCUAAGGAAAAGAAGCUUUAAUGAACUGGAAACGGCAUAACGUCUUUGUAUCACUAUACCGAUUGAAGCCAGGUAGCCAUAUUGUAAAAAAUAGUAAUAGGCAAUCUGAGUAAAAUAGAGAUCUGUAUUUCGUUUCGUUUUUUUUAUACUUUCGAUGGCCUACACUACAUGAAGAUCUGGCCAGUUGUACUGGUAGAUCGCUUCAGAGGUCGCACGAACGGCCUUUGACCUAUGACGUCAGACAUUGAUUAAUCAAUCAACGUUGACGUUGCUAGUGGUUUACCCACAGUUCCGUGCAUUUCAUUGGCUAAUCCCUCACUUCAACAAGAAAGCGGGUUCAAUAUCAACUCUUCCGGAUCCUAGUGUUGUUAAGACAAGUAAAACUAAAUUUUGAACUAUACACAACGAAACGAAAUAGGAUCUGUGUUUUAAUCAGAGUGAUUAGAAAGAUGAUUUUUGGAGAUUAAUCCAUUAUGGUGUCGAAGAUUGCAUCAAAGCCCCUCCCCCCCCCCCCACAUCAUUAAAGCUUCUUGGUUCUAAGCAAAAAAUAAUUUAUUGUAGAAUGGUCAAGACAUUUGAUUGGUGACCAACUGAAAACCAUUGUCAGAAAUUAUUUUCAUGUUUUUAUUUACAUUUAGAAUAUAUCAAAAUUAUUUUUAAUUCGUCAAUUAUUCUGAUUUGAUCUUGUAAACCACACCAAACCUAAUAACAUGUACAGUAAAUAUAAGUCAACUCAUGACACUGGCUCCCAUAUAACAUGAUUCAAGAGAAUUUUUACAAAGACUUCAGCUCAAAGAUACCUGGGCCCUUAUUCACGAAAACUUAAACUAAGAUAAAAUCGAAAUUUUAAGAAAUACUGCGACUUCAUUGGAUAUAUGCAAAUUGAUUUUACUGGUCAGCCAAUCUUAAAAUUUCGAUUUUAUCUUAGUUUAAGUUUUCGUGAAUAAGGGCCCUGUAGUUUAUUUCGUGUAUGGAUAUGGAUAUCAUUUCAGAAAGGAAGUUGCUGAUUUAUUGUUAGUUUUAAUUUAUUACUCUAGCCUGUUGUAGUGGUGUAAUAGAUUAGAUAUGUAAACAGGCAAGUGGGUGGGUGGGGUGGAUGACCGAAUGGUUAGCACGUGGGCACUGUAUCAUAAGGUCUGUCAUUGAGUCAACUGGGGUGGUUUCGAUUUUCCGGUUACACGUAAGAAGGAAAAGGGUCGCCUGUCCAACCUCGUUGGUUUUCUCCUGGUCCUUCGGUUUCCUCCCACUGCUAAAGACCCCUACGUACAAUCGAAUUAUUGAAAUAAAAUUAAACCAUAUGUUAGUCAUGAAAUGACCUAGUUUGUGUGGAGUCGACGUUGACCCAACCCCCUCCCCUCUCCCGAAAUGAUCUGGUUUGUGUCGAGUGGACGUUAAACCCAUCUCUCUCUCUCUCUCUCUCUCUCUCGAAUCAUGUCAUAUGUUGAAUUAUGUGAUAUAAAUUCCAAUAUAUUUUAUAUAUGAUCUAAAUAUUACCAAUAAAUUUUUUUAUGUUUUUAAAUAAAUUGUAUAAUUUUU